AUGGUGUUCUGCAACUUCUGCCGUUCCGCUACCCAUAGCGACGCGGAUUGCUGGUCCCGGCACCGGACUCCAGCCGAAAGCCAACAAGGCAUGGCUGAGGAGACCACGUUCCUCGCCGAAGCCGUCAGCCAUGCCGUAGACACUUUGUGGCGGCUCCGUGCGGCUGAUCAGCACCAGACUCCAGCCGAAAGCCAACAAGGCAUGGCUGAGGAGACGGGUGUCAUACUCGGCCACGCUGUAGAGGCCUACUUGCGGAGCCGUGCUGCUGAUCAGCACAGGACUACUCAACCCCAGCCUCGACCACACGGUGGUGCACGCGGUGGUGCACGCGGUGGUACACAUGGUGGCCCACACUCCUACCAGCAGCAGGCAGUCAGUCAGCAUGGUGGGAACCAGCGAGGUGGUAGCCGCUAUCCACCUGCAGCAUCAACUGCGCCCCGGGCUCCUACCACAGGUAGCCAAAAUACAGCGCGUGGUGGAAUCCACCGCCAGAGAACCCGCCCAUCAGCGGCCCGACGUCGCAGAAUGGCCCAACGUCGCGACGGAGAGGAAAACAGAUACCAUGGCGUAUCCCAUGGUUCCCCUGGCGCCCAUGGCCCUGCCCCUGGUGCCUCUUUCGGCGUCCCUGGUGCCCCUUUCGGUGUCCCUGGCGCCCCUGGUCCUGCCCCUGGUGCCUCUUUCGGCGUCCCUGGUGCCCCUUUCGGUGUCCCUGGCGUCCCCGGUCUUCCUGUGGCUGGAAGUGCUUCUGGCCCUACUUUCGGCAUUUCGGGGGGUGGUCCUUUCGAUGCUGAUAGGCUAGCUCAAAGAGCUCCAGCUGUGUGGCUCCCUGAGCCCCGUGAGUCAACUGCCUUGCCUCGCCGAGCAAUAGUUGAGGAGCCAGAAGAGGAGAUAAAAGAGGAGAUAAAAGAGGAGAUAAAAGAGGAGAUAGAGGAUAUGCCUCUAUCUUAG